UCUUAGAACGCGUCUAACUUACACAUGUCACACCCUAGGUACAUACAAGUACAUAGGACGAAAAGCGCGUCUGAAAGUCUUCGCAUACUCCCAUUGAGGAUAAAAACCAAGCCUGCUUUUUUGUUUCUACCCACAGCUGUCGAGUAAGAAGCAAUACAUAUUAAUUCUUGAGAAGAAUAAGAAGAAAAGAAACAAAAGAAACAAAAGAAACAAAAAAACUGCAGGAUCAUACAUCAUGGCGGACGCAAAUUUAGAAGAGUUAAAUGCGCAGUUCGGCAUGCCAAAUAAGGAACUGGAGCCUGACAUUAUCUCCGAGUUGCAGUCUAUCAUGAGGAUACAUUCACUACCCGUCCAAGACUUGUACUUUAAGUGGGAAUCCUACUGUAUCAAAAUGGAUAUGGAUGGGAAUAAUUUGUCCCUGCAAAGCUUAAGAGCCUUUAAGCAAGAUAUCCAAGAUGCCUUGGAACGAAGUAAUCGAACACACCAUUCUCAUAUCAAGACAGAGAAGCGCUCAGGUGCAACCCCCCGUGCUGCCGUCAAAAGUGGUACCGAUGUAUAUGACAUGUUAGAAGGAAUGGUUCCUGGCACACCUGCUACAGGAAAGUUGAACAAGAGCGCUUCCAAGAGACGAAGCCAACCAGAGACUCCCUCCUUAGCGCGAGUGAAGGGCAGUGCUCUUGGUAGCUCGCCUGACCAAAAGAGCCCCAAGCAAAAGGAGGAUCGACUGGACUCUAUGAAUGCUGUCUCAGCGACUUCUUUUAACGAUCGUCAAAAUCCAGGAGAAGUGACAGAAGUUUUGAAUGAUCAUCUCAAGGCUUCUGAGCCUCCUAUUGCGCCAUAUGGUGAGGCGCGAAUCAAAUUGAGUGCGGCUUCCGAUUUGAAGAAAUUAGGCUACAAAACGCUUGCUAUGAAAUCUUCAGAAGCUUCCGAAAUUCUAGAUGACCGGAUAGAUGAUUUCCUAGGCUUUGUGAGAGACCAUCAUAACAUAGACGAGAGCGAGUUCGGUAGUGCCGCUAGUCAGAGCACCACCAACAUUAUCGCCGUUGGCCGCAUUGCGUCUGAUUCUUUGCAAGGAAAACUGAAUGACGCAUCUCUUGUACUGGAGACUUCGAGGCGGACCGGAGGUGGUCGAAGGGUUUUGUUAAAUUUACGGAAGCUCAACGGUCGCUACCAGUUUUUUCCCGGCCAGAUUGUUGCGCUCAGGGGUAUCAACUCAUCUGGCAGCGAAUUCGUCGUGGAGGAGGUGUUGGAAAUCCCCUUGCUACCUAAUGCUGCAUCUGCGCCGUCGGCGAUUGAGUCGCACCGGGAAAGACUUCGGGGCGGACCAGAUGCAAUGGACUCGGAUGAUGAGCCGGCCCCAUUAAAUAUGAUGAUUGCCUCGGGCCCCUAUUCAGCAGAUGACAACCUCGAUUUUGAGCCUCUCCACGCUCUUUGUAACCAAGCGGCAGAUACGUACGCCGAUGCCCUCAUUUUAAUAGGACCUUUUAUCGACGUCGAUCACCCCUUGAUUGCUACCGGCGACUUUGAUCUCCCCGAAGAUGCCGAUGUCAACCCAGACACAGCAAACAUGUCUACCGCUUUCAAGUAUAUGAUCUCCCCGAUCUUAAACCGGCUUGUGGCACUGAAUCCAUCUAUCACCAUCCUCUUGGUUCCAUCCGUGCGAGACAUAAUUGAGAAACACGUAUCCUGGCCCCAAGACAUCAUCGCCCGGAAAGAUCUGGGACUACAUAAGAAUGCGCGUAUCAUCGGUAACCCGAUGAUGCUGUUUAUGAACGAGUCUAUGUUUGGAAUUUCAUCUCAGGAUGUUUUAUGGGAUUUGCGUCACCAGGAGCUAAUUGGUCCCCGACCCACCAACCUAGACUUGUUCUCGAGACUUUCCAAAUAUCUAAUCGAACAGCGACAUUACUUUCCUAUUUUUCCUCCAGCAGAUCGGCAGAAGCUACCUCAAGUCGGCGCGGCAGAUGGACUGCCUACAGGAGCUAUGCUUGACCUGAGUUACCUCAAGCUCGGCGAGAUGUUGAAUGUGAGGCCCGACGUCAUCAUCACACCUAGUGCUUUGCCUCCUUUUGCAAAGGUUGUCGAAAGCGUCUUGGUUAUUAACCCUGGCUACCUCUCGAAAAGGAGAGGCGCAGGCACAUAUGCUCGAAUGACAUUGUUUCCACCCAAAGUGACCGAGGAAGGGCUAGCUAGUGGAGGCAUGGUUAUCCAUGAGGUGUUUAAGAGGGCUAGGGUAGAGAUCACCAAGAUAUAGCUUAAGAUGGGACUCAGCUUUACAGGAUGUGGACGUACUUUGGGCUAAAAUUUAAGACAUCAACCAAAAAGGUGCCUUUCC